AGCGUCAUUGCGGAAGUAGCUAAGUCUACGUGGGGAAGGGAGGUUGGCUUGUUCGUGUUUGAACUAAACUCUGCCUAAAAUACGAUAAAUGUGCAACUUACGGAACAUACAAUAACCCUACCGCGCCUCGCCAAGUCUUCAUACAACCUCCCCGCCCGCUAGCUGAAUGGCCUUGUACCGCCAGGGCGUGUAGAUCCGAUGGGAGGGCUAGCCGGGUAGUUCCCUGUAAUGCUUCGGUGGCUGCGGCAGUCUCUUAGGCAGGUGUCUAGUCUGAUGGCCCGGAGACCAGUGCUUGUCUGCGGGGCGAUACUGCUGAGCGUCCUGAUACUACUGGCCGUUACAUUUACCUGCAGCGUCUUUCUCUCCCUCUCUCGGACACCCACCCCCUUCCAUCCCUCUUCUCCCUCCUAGCCGGGCUAAGAAUGUGGUUGCGUCAGCGCGUCCCCCGGUGAGGUUCUUCUCUGCCGAGGCCCCUGUAGUGGACCUGUACCUGGGUCAGCUGGAGCAGGUAGAGAGGCUGAGGGGCGCGGCAGAGGUGUCUGUCAUCUUCUUCUAUGCUCCCUGGUGUGCUCACUCCAUCGCCGCUCGCCACGAGGUCCAGGAGGUCGCACGGAGGCUGGUCAAACAGGUGCAGUUUGUGGCAGUGAACUGUUGGUGGAGCCAGGGGAAAUGCAGGAAACAGAAGAGCUUCUACCAAUACCCUGUCAUCCACCUGUUCUACAAGAGGUUUGGCCCUAUAGAAUACAAAGGUCCGUUCAUGGCUUCCUAUGUAGAGAGGUUCAUCCUGAGAGUCAUCACCCCACUGACCUACCUACCAUCACGAGCCACACUACAAGACUUCCUGUCUUUUCAUGAGCCGGGGGUAGUGGGUUAUUUCCAGUUCAGCUCUUCUCCUCAGCCUCCCGGCUACAUCACAUACCUCUCCUCAGCUCUGCAGGCCUUGAAGAGAGACUUCCGUGGUGCGGUGCGUUUCGGGGUGGUGACCAGUAGACAGGUGGCAGAGUCCAUCUCUGUCAGAGAUGACCAGACUGUCUACCUGCACCGACACUUCAACUCCUCAUUGAUUUUCCCUAGUUGGGAGCGUAACUUCACCUCUGAAGGCAUCUGUUCCUGGGUCUUUGAGCACCGCGAGACCGUCCUCCAAUGGCUGGCGCCGACUGGCGCUAAGUCCCGCCUCCUGGAGCAGGAACUGACCAAAGGCCCUGCCCUCCUGCUCUUCCUGCCCCACAAUCCCCUGGGGCCCGGCCCCGACCUGCUGCUCACGCAGAUUGCAGACGUCGCGGUUCGCUACCAUUCCUGUAGCGACUCCCCUCACCACCACCACCCCUCUGACCACUACUACUACAGUGGACCCUCCCAGCCCCUGUCCCCCCCUCUCUGCUGCCUCUCAGUGGUUCUGCCCAAGCCACACCCCCUCCCAGGCUCCACCUCCAGGGUGUGUGAGCUUUGUCUCAACCAGUCCCAGUCCAACCCGGGUCGCUCUCCCCGCUGCACCUUCCCCUCCCAGACAUCAGGUGGUGCUGCCGUGCUCCAGUCCUACCUCAGACGAUGCUGCCUACCUGUUGCCGUGACGGCGACGGCAACGACGGUUGCCUGUAGUAACAUCCUGAGUAGCUACAGCCCGUCGUCAGGUCGCUAUAGUGCCUGUUGUAGAACUCUGGGACAGCUAGGGGUUUCCCUGCCCCCACAGCAGGGGCUAGGGCUAGACAACAAGGGGUUAGGGACACCCCCUCCCUCACCAUUCUCCUCCCAGGACUCCUCCCAGGACUCCUCCCAGUACUCUUUCCCGUCUUCUCAGGACCAGGAAGCAGGCGUGUUUAAAGGGCUGAGGUGUCGGACAAAUAAGACGCUCAGGUUCUACAUCCUGGACUCUGCCCUCCACUGGCCGCUGGCGGUGCGUCUCGGGGCGCUAGGCAACAACGAGAUGGGUGGCGGUGGCCUGGGGGAGUUGGGAAGGUUGCUAGGCAACGGGACCGGUGAUGGUGCACGGUCGUUUGCGACCAUCGUGAACCUGAAGGAUGAAGUGCACUACGUUCUGGACCACAGAGGAACCGCUACUGUUACAGAGUCACUGGAGUGGUUCAUCAGGAACUUUAGCACCCCCCACAGCCCACUACAGAGACGCCUGGUGGGGAGGAGCGAGGAGGAGAGGCCCCAGAAGAGACCCCUCAUCUCAGAGCUGACCACCUCCUCUUUCCUUAGUACUGUCAUGGAUCCUCACAGGGAUGUGGUGGUGUUCUACUACAGUCAGUGGUGUGGCUACUGCUCUGUUCUAAACCACGUUAUCAUCCAGCUGGCUAGAAUGUUCCAUGGAAACAGCACCGUCACCAUCGCCAGGGUGAACGUGGCGCGUAACGACCUGCCGUGGGAGUUCAUGGUGGAUCACUUCCCCUCUGUCCUCCUGUUUCCCAGACACAGGAAACACCUGUCCGUCAAGUUCCCGGAGGACACGCCCAUCACUCUACCCACCCUAUUACGCUUCAUCCUGAAGUACUCCGACUCCGCCCACCAGCCAAUGAAAGCAGACGGAUCCGACCCUAACCCUCACGUUCUCCUCAAGGCGGAGUUCCGCGCUCUACAAGGAGAAGUCCAGACAUUACAUCGUGCACGCCAGCGCCUCUCCAACCAACUGGCCCAGCUAUGGCGAGACAACCGGCGGUUAUCCUUCAACGCCAUGGCCCUGGAGACCCACAAUGCACUGCUGCAGGCCCAGAAUGGCGAGCUGCAGCGUGAGAGGCUGAGCCUAGUGGAGCAGCACAAGGAGAAGAGUCGUCAGUUAGGGGAGGCGGUCAGGAGACUACAGGAACUAGCAGACGCUUCAGAGAACCUUCUCACUGAGAAUACACUGCUGAGGGUUUUACUGGGAGCCCUGAGAGCCAGGGAGACGGAGAGGGGGGAGGAGGAGGAGAGCAAAGAGGAGACAGGGGACGAGAGGAGUUAUAUGGCCUCUUGACGGGGGAGGAGAAUACACUGCUGAGGGUCUUACUGGGAGCCCUGAGAGCCAGGGAGACAGAGAGGGGAGGAGGAGGAGAGAGAGGAGGGGCAUGUCAUGCCAAGUAAUGCUGGUAGAGAGGAAACAGAGCUGAUGAAUCACAGCCUCUUGACACCCUCCAAGAGGUACCACAGGGGCCCUGACAGGUGGCGGGAGUAGAGGAGGAGGGAGACCAAUCACAGCCUCAUAAUGCUCUCCUAGUGGAAGGAGGGAACAGCAGCUUUAUAACCAUGUACCAUAGGCUGUCCUUGGGGACCAGAGGGAGAUGGGAAAGGAGACGGGAAGGGGGAAGGGAGACGGGAAAGGAGACGGGAAGGGGAAGGGAGACCGG